AAUUAUUAAUUUUAUAAUCUAUGGGAAGCCGAACUUCCUACCGUGCUACACAUGGAGGACGAUAAAAUAUUUUAAAAUAAAAAUUGUAAAACAGUGAGCGAUAUUUCUGUGCUUUUGUUAAAUUAUAAAUGAAAAAGAAUCUCUGAAAAUGUUUUCUAAUAUCUCCAAAUCCUUGCUAUGCUGCACAAACGCUAUAGGCCCGAAUCGGGCUCUUGCGUACGCACUGACCAAGUGUCCAGUGUUCCUAGAACCACCUCUAUCACAAUGCCGGAACUAUCACGAAGUAACUGGCGACAUUGUCUGUCCGAACAUGAUUCGAGGCAUCGACCAUCUAAGAGACCCUCGGCUCAACAAGGGUCUUGCAUUUACUUUAGAGGAGCGUCAAGCCCUCGGAAUCCACGGUCUUUUAGCAGCCAAGUUCAAAACGCAAGAAGAACAGCUGGAUAUUUGCAGGAUAUCUAUUGACCGAUACGAGGACAACCUCAACAAAUACCUCUACCUCGUUGAGUUACAGGAUCGAAAUGAGAAAUUGUUUUUCCGUCUUCUGUCGGAGAAUGUGGAGAAGUAUCUUCCAAUUGUGUACACUCCGACUGUCGGACUCGCUUGCCAACGGUUCGGUCUCAUCUAUAGAAGACCUAGAGGCCUCUUUAUUACCAUAAACGAUAAGGGGCACGUAUUUAAUAUACUUAAAAACUGGCCAGAGCCAGACGUAAGAGCCAUCGUAUUUACGGACGGCGAGCGUAUAUUGGGUCUUGGUGAUCUGGGCGCGUAUGGUAUGGGCAUUCCCGUGGGAAAGUUGUCCUUGUACACCGCCUUAGCUGGAAUUAAGCCUCACCAGUGCCUACCCAUCACAUUGGAUGUGGGAACAGAUAACCAGGAUCUAUUAGAAGACCCACUAUACAUCGGGCUUCGUCAGAGGCGCGUGCGAGGCAAGGAGUACGAUGAAUUCAUUGAUGAGUUCAUGGAGGCGUGCGUACAGAGAUAUGGACAGAACACAUUACUCCAGUUCGAGGACUUUGCGCUUGGCAACGCUGGUCGUUUGCUAGCGAAGUACCGCAACAAGUACUGCACCUUCAAUGAUGACAUCCAGGGUACGGCUAGUGUGGCCGUCGCCGGUUUGAUGGCCGCCAUUAGGGUGACAAAGCGGAAACUCAGUGAAAAUAUCUAUUUCUUCCUUGGUGCUGGAUCUGCUGCCAAUGGUAUUGCAAAUUUGACAGUUGCUGCAAUGGUCGCCGAAGGUCUUACCAAGGAACAAGCCCAGGACAGAGUUUAUAUGUUUGAUGUCGACGGUCUGCUAUCGACAAGAAGGGAAGGAGGCGUACCUGAACACGCCAAGGCAUUUGGAAAGAACAUUGCGCCUGAGACGAGCUUUGAGGCUUGUAUAGCGAAGAUCAAACCUAGCUGUCUUAUUGGGUGUUCGACGGUAGGUGGCGCUUUCAAUGAAAAUGUGUUGAGGCAGAUGGCCCAGAACAUUGAGCGCCCAGUUAUCUUCGCGUUGUCCAACCCCACUAGUAAAGCGGAAUGUACCGCCCAGGAUGCAUACAACUUUACUGAUGGUCGUUGUAUCUUCGCAUCUGGAUCUCCCUUCCCCCCUGUACAAUACGACGGUAAGGAGUUCCUUACAGGUCAAGGAAAUAACUCGUACAUUUUCCCCGGAAUCGCGUUAGGUGUUAUCGCGACUGCUACCCAUCACAUACCCGAGACUAUGUUCCUUACUGCUGCAAGGACUCUAGCAAAUUACGUGAGCGAAUCGGACUUAGCGCUUGGACGCAUCUAUCCCUCUCUCUCGGAAGUCAAGGAGGUUUCUCUCGCUAUUGCAAUUGAAGUCGCUAAGAUGGCGUAUGAUGAAGGACUCGCCUCCGUAUACCCCGAGCCGAAGGACCUUUCAAAACAUGUCUCAAGUCAGAUGUACAGCUUCCACUACGAGAGCUCCAUGCCCGUAGUGUGGGAUUGGAAGCCCGAAGAGAAAUUCAACGUAAGACCCGUUCAACCUGUGCCCAAAAAUAUUUAAUGCUACUUAAUUUAUAAAUCUGUGUCAGGACUAUGGGAUUUUGUUAAAAAAAAGAUUAAUUUUUGCAUGAACAUGCGAGUCAAAGAGGCCACUUUUACACAGUUUAGUAUUCGAAUUCUAGCCCUUCCAAUUAUUUUUUAAUUUAAUUAACCCGAAAUAUUACUAAUAAUUACAUAGAAAAAUUGUUAGUUAUUCCUGAUUAUAGUAAAAAUCAUAUUAAAAUUUAAUGUAUUUAGUAAAUUUGCGCCUGGAUUUUUGUUAGCUAUGAAUUUUUAAAAAUCGUAAAUUUGUCUAAUAAUAAAUUAAAUUCAAACACUAAAAUGUUGAAAUCAAAAGUUUUUAUCUUGAGUAUAAACUAGACAAUAAUAUGCCCCAAUAAUUAAUUAAAAUCCCUAGUACGAACACAGAUUAAUAUGACAAAUAAAAUUUAAAGACAUUGAUGUUCCGCGCCUCUAACGGGGCGUUUUGUGUCCAUUUUUAACAGUAUACACAAAGUAUUAUAUACCUCUAACGUAGAAAAUACUGUAAUCUUUUUAAAUUAGCUCGACAGCUAUGGGCGGUAUUACACUUG